CCCAGCGCCUAGAAUCCUGCAGCCCCGGAGCAGUGGCCGCGCCUUGCUGGCCCCCGAGCAGGACCUUGUGGCCCGGCCGGUCAGCCCUGGGCCGCACCCGCCAUGUCCUACCCGCAGUUCGGAUACCCCUACUCCUCGGCUCCCCAGUUCCUGAUGACCACCAACUCCCUGAGCACGUGCUGCGAGUCGGGCGGCCGCACCUUGGCCGACUCCGGACCCGCCGCCUCGGCCCAGGCGCCGGUCUACUGCCCGGUCUACGAGAGCCGGCUGCUGGCCACGGCGCGCCACGAGCUCAACUCGGCCGCGGCGCUCGGCGUCUACGGGGCCCCCUACGGCAGCUCACAGGGCUACGGCAACUACGUGACCUACAGCUCCGACGCCUCUGCCUUCUACUCUCUGAACAGCUUUGACUCCAAGGAUGGGACAGGAUCUACCCACGGGGGCCUGGCCCCAUCCGCUGCGGCCUACUACCCAUACGAGCCGGCUCUGGGCCAGUACCCGUAUGACAGAGGGCCACAGCCCGCGCCCCCUGGCAGAGCCUGUCUCCAGGUACGGGACCAUGGACAGCGGCACGCGGCGGAAGAACGCCACGCGCGAGACCACGAGCACGCUCAAGGCCUGGCUGCAGGAGCACCGCAAGAACCCCUACCCCACCAAGGGCGAGAAGAUUAUGCUGGCCAUCAUCACCAAGAUGACCCUCACGCAGGUGUCCACCUGGUUCGCCAACGCGCGCCGGCGCCUCAAGAAGGAGAACAAGAUGACGUGGCCGCCACGGAACAAGUGUGCGGACGAGAAGCGAACCUAUCCCGAGGGCGAGGAAGAGGAAGGGGGCGAGGAGGAGGCGCGGGAGGAGCCCCUCAAGAGCGUCAAGAACGAAGAGCCUGCAGGCAAAGAGGAGAAGGAGCUAGAACUCAGCGACUUGGACGACUUCGACCCGCUGGAGACGGAGACCCGGGAGUGCGAGCUGAAGCCUCCCUUCCAGCCCCUAGACGGCGGCCUGGAGCGCGUCCCUGCCGCGGCUGACCGCAGGGGGAAGGAAGCUUCGGGCGUCCUCCGGAUGCCCCUGGCCGCGGGAGGCGGAGCCGCUUUAGACGAGGACCUGGAGAGGGCCCGGAGCUGCCUCCGGGGUCGGAGUACAGCAGGGCCAGAGCAGCAGCCGGGCUCAGAGGGCGGCCCACAGGCCUGUGAGGCCAAGCUGGGCUUUGUGCCGGCUGGGGCGACAGUGGGCCUUGAGGCCAAGCCGCGCAUCUGGUCACUGGCCCACACGGCCACCGCGGCCGCCGCCACCACUGCCCUGAGCCAGACUGAGUUUCCCUCCUGCAUGCUGAAGCGCCAAGGCCCUGCCGCUCCUGGCCCCGGGUCCUCCGCAACCGCCGCGUCCUCGCCUGCGGCCCCGCCCCCCUCCGGGGCUCUGGACAGGCACCAGGACUCUCCGGUAACCAGUCUUAGAAACUGGGUGGAUGGAGUUUUCCACGACCCCAUUCUCAGGCACAGCACUUUGAACCAGGCCUGGGCCACUGCCAAGGGCGCCCUCCUGGACCCGGGGCCUCUGGGACGCACGCUGGGGCCCGAUGCCAAUAUGCUGACGGCACCCCUGGCGCGCGCCUUUCCGCCAGCCGCGCCCCAGGACGUCCCGGCUGCAGGCCCUGCCCGGGAGCUGCUGGCCUUGCCCAAGGCUGGCGGCAAACCCUUCUGCACCUAACUCGGGGCGGAGUGGGCUGGGCGAGCUCAGAACAGAACUAGCGCUCAGGCUGCAGGCACAGACGGCGCAGACUGCUUUUUUUUUAAACCGAGUUUCCAAAGGAAGACAAGAGCGCAGCCAAGGUAAAGCCGCCACCCGACCGGAGAGGGAGGCUCUGAACUCGGGCUCC